AUGGAAUUAACUAAUCCUUCAGUUGACUCAAUAUCUACUGUUGAAACUGUUGAAGAAAAGGAAGAAUGCCAACCGUAUACAAUACUGGAAAAUAAUGACGAAUCUAAGUUAAAAUUGUCUUUUCAUAUUCAUUUAGAUUCGAUAACUGAUGACUCUUACAGUCAUCGAAAAAGUAAGAGUUACACUUCACGAGAAAUAGCUACUGGAACUGGAAGCACUGUUGAAGGUGUUGUAAAACAACACAAUUUAGAAAGAAAGCCUUCUCCUCAACAAGACUUACAGUUUGAUUUUAAUCGGUUCCUUCAACAAAUGGCUAAUCCAAGUGCAACAAACAUUGCACGUUACGUCAAAAAGUAA